GCUAAUUGCCAACAAGUAAGGUUAAGGACUACUUAUAGUCCGCUGUUCCUCACAUCGCAAAAUGCUGACGCGUCAAUGCCUCGGGCAACCCGUCGGGCGCCGGCCGGCUCCCUUCACUCCCGUAGUCAUCGGCCGUAGGAAUGUAGUUAGUCGUGUUGGGCAAAAUCCGAUGUCAAAUCCGCAGAUGCAGGAGAUGAUGAAAAAGGCCAUGUCGGACCCCAAUUUCCAGAAGCAAAUGCAGCAAAUGCAGGAGAUGAUGAAACGGCCGGAGAUGCAGCAGCAGAUGGCUCAGAUGCAGGCUGUCAUGCAGAACCAGCAGCUGCAACAGCGCAUGCAGACGCUGAAGAAUGACCCCGAGUUUGCCGAGAUCUUUGCUGAGAUCCAAAAGGGCGGCAUGCAGGCCCUCAUGAAGUACUACAACGACCCCACCUUCCUCUCCAAGCUCGGGGAGAAGCUGGGAGACGUGGCACCAGGCGGUGCUGUGGCGCCAGCGGGCCCAGCAGCAGCGGCGGCAGCAGCAGCAGCAGCGUCACCUUUGGCGGGUGGCGCAGCAGCAGGGGCUGGGGCACCGCCACCGGCUCCGGAGGUCAACAACAUCCGGGAUGCCGCCAAGUACGGUGACGAGGAGGCGGUGGAGGACUUCAUCGCCAUUGGGAAGGACCUCAACGAGGCCGAUGCGCAGGGCCGGACCGCGCUGCACUACGCGGUUGCGUACGACCAUGCGGUGAUUGCCAAGAUGCUGAUAGACGAGGGCGUUAACCUCGAGGCGAGGGACAGCAUGAAGAACACCCCGCUGCAUUACGCCUGCGGGUACGGGCGAAUCGAGCUAGCGCACAUGCUGUUGGACGCCGGCGCUGACAAGACCGCGCAGAACAACACGGGGAAAACACCCAUUGACCUGGCCAAGCUGGACGGGCGCAACCCUGUCAAUGCAGACGAGGAGCUUGUGAAGCGACUAUCUCUAUAGACGGUCGCUCACGAGGGGGCAUUACGUUAGCACUGUGCCUGAUGGGUGCAGCAAACAGCGAACAUUGGUCGAGAUCGGUUUACAGCCCCUCGACGGGAUUUUGAUGUGGAACAAGUUUUACAUUAUAUUGUGUCUUAAGGUUAGGCAGCGACCUUCGAGAACUUGACCCUGUCGAAUCUCUCCUGUCUCCUGAUGGUUGAACCCGCACGGCCGAGAAGCAUCGUGAGAAAUACGGCAAAUGCACUUCUUGGCUAAACGCUUGUAACCGUUGCUGUAAGAUGAUGUAUAUAGUUAUCUAUCUUUCUAGAGGAAACCCGCUACUACCCAUCGUCUUAGAAGAACACACAAGGCAGGAUGUUCGGCGGCUUCCCCUUCGGGGGCAUGGGUGGCAUGCCUGGCUUCGGCGAGAUGCCGUCUCGCGGGCCUCAGAAGAAGGUCAACAAUUCUCGUUACUAUGAGCUGCUGGGCGUCAGCAAGGAUGCGACUGUAGAUGAGAUCAAGAAGGCGCACAGGAAGCUGGCCCUCAAGCUGCACCCCGACAAGGGUGGCGACCCGGACAAGUUCAAGGAGAUUAACGAGGCGCACGAUGUACUUAAGGACCCCAAGAAGAGGGAAAUCUACGACCAGUAUGGUGAGGACGCCAUCAAGGAGGGCAUGGGCAGCGGCGGUGGCGGUGGCGGUAUGUCCGAUAUCUUCGAGCAGAUGUUCGGGAUGGGUGGUGGCCGUGGCAGGGGGCAACGCGAGCGGAAGAGCGAGGAUGUGGUGCACAAGCUGCAGGUGUCUCUCGAGGAUUUGUAUAGCGGGGGCACCAAGAAGCUGUCCCUGUCGCGCCAGCUGCCCUGCGACCCGUGCCGCGGCAGCGGCUCCAAGACGGGCAAGCGCUAUGAGUGCCAGACUUGCCAAGGCACAGGCGUGCAGGUGCAGCUACGACCGCUGGGCCCGGGCAUGAUGCAGCAGAUCCAAUCUCGCUGCAGCACCUGCGGCGGCAACGGCUACAGCACACCACCAGGUGACCAGUGCCCCAGCUGCAAGGGCAAGUGCCUGGUGGCUGACAAGAAGACCUUUGAGGUGCACAUCGACGCGGGCAUGAAGCACGGCUCUCGCAUUGUGCUGCGUGGCGAAGCCGGCUGCUCAGAGCCCGGCCUGGCGCCAGGCGACAUCAUCCUCGUGAUCGUGCAGAAGGAGCACGACGUCUUCCAGCGCGCGGGUGUGGAUCUGGUGAUGGAGCGGACCAUCUCCCUGUCGGAGGCGCUCACCGGCUGCUCCUUCACCUUCAAGCACCUGGACGGGCGCGUGCUGCGUGUGACCAUUCCCCAAGGCGAGGUCAUCAAGCCGGGGACGUUCAAGUGCCUGCAAGACGAGGGCAUGCCCUUCCAGGGCCGGCCGUACCAGAAGGGUAACAUGUACGUCCGCUUCAACGUCGAGUUCCCAGACACGGUAACGGAGGCGCAGGCGGCGGCCAUCCGCUCAGCACUGCCCAUCCCGGCCCCCGCCGCUAACGGAGGCGCCAUGGACACGGAUGAUGUUGAGGACGUGCACCGGAUCACGAACGUGGCCGACAUCGAGUCGGAGCUCAAAUCGCGUGUCAACAUUGCAAAGGGCGUCGGCGAGAGCUACGAUUCGGAUGACGAUGAUGACAUGCCGCGCGGGCAACGUGUGCAGUGCGCGCAGCAGUAAGCGAGGAGCAGCGGCGUAGCCCUGGGGGUUUUUGAAGCACACGGGCAGGAUGCAGCGUCAGUAGCAGUGAAUUGUGUGUCUGCCGUGGCACGGACGCUUGUUUUGGCUCUUGUUUUGCACUAUGAGCUUCAUUGUUUGCGAGGG